AUCCAAACGCAAUCUCUCACGACCGUCUCCUAUGGCUUCUGCUCGAACUUGGAGAUACAACGUCUUCCCGAGCUUCCAUGGAGGAGAUAUUCGUAAGACUUUUCUCUCUCAUUUACGUAAGCAGUUCAACUCAAAUGGGAUUACAAUGUUUGAUGAUCAAGGAAUCGAGAGGAGCCAAACCAUAGCCCCUGCUCUCAUACAAGCGAUUAGAGAAUCUAGGAUAUCGAUUGUGGUUCUUUCAAAGAACUAUGCUUCUUCGAGUUGGUGCUUGAAUGAAUUGGUGGAGAUUUUGAAAUGCAAAGACGUAGUGAUGCCGAUCUUCUAUGAAGUAGAUCCAUCCGAUGUACGGAAACAGACCGGAGAUUUUGGGAAGGCCUUCAAAAAUAGUUGUAAAAGUAAAACUAAGGAGGAGAGGCAGAGAUGGAUCCAAGCUUUAAUUUUUGUUGGCAACAUAGCUGGAGAACACUCGCUGAAAUGGGAAAAUGAAGCGGAUAUGAUUGAAAAGAUAGCCAAAGAUGUUUCAGAUAAACUGAAUGCUACACCUUCUAAAGAUUUUGAUGCAUUUGUGGGACUUGAGUUUCACAUUAGGGAAUUAAGUUCUCUGCUAUACCUAGACUAUGAGCAAGUGAGGAUAGUAGGAAUCUGUGGCCCUGCAGGAAUCGGUAAGACUACCAUUGCUCGUGCUUUACAAAGCCUACUCUCUAGCAAUUUUCAGCGAAGUUGUUUUAUGGAGAAUGUUAGGGGAAGUCUUAAUAUUGGGCUUGACGAGUAUGGUCUGAAGUUAGAUUUACAAGAACGACUUCUUUCAAAGAUUAUGAACCAAAAGGGUAUGAGGAUAGAGCAUUUAGGCACAAUAAGAGAUAGGUUACAUGACCAAAAAGUGCUUAUCAUUCUAGAUGAUGUUAAUGAUCUCGAUUUGUAUGCUUUGGCUGAUCAGACAACGUGGUUUGGUCCUGGAAGUAGGAUUAUCGUGACAACAGAAGACAACGAGCUUUUGCAGAAACAUGAUAUUAACAAUGUCUACCAUGUGGAUUUUCCAUCUAGAAAAGAAGCUCUUGAGAUCUUUUGCAGAUGUGCUUUUAGACAAAGCUCUGCACCUGAUACGAUUCUAAAGCUUGCAGAACGAGUAACAGAGCUUUGUGGUAAUCUUCCAUUGGGUCUCUGUGUCAUAGGUUCAUCUUUACACGGGAAAACUGAGGAUGAGUGGGAAAUUUUAAUUCGCAGACUAGAAAUUAGUCUUGAUCGAGAUAACGAGGCACAACUUAGAGUUGGGUAUGAUAGCUUACAUGAGAACGAGCAAGCUUUAUUUCUCAGCAUUGCAGUCUUCUUCAACUAUAAAGACCGUCAGCUUGUGAUGGCCAUGCUCCUUGACAGUAACCUAGAUGUCGAGUAUGGGUUAAGAACCCUCGCCAAUAAAUCUCUAAUACAUAUAUCUAGGAAUGAGAAAAUAGUGAUGCAUAACUUACUACAACAUGUGGGUAGACAAGCCAUUCAAAGACAAGAACCUUGGAAACGCCACAUCUUAAUAGAUGCUGACGAGAUAUGCAAUGUCCUUGAAAAUGAUACAGAUGCUAGAAUUGUGUCAGGGAUAUCAUUUGAUAUAUCCAGAAUCGGCGAAGUUUUUUUAAGCGAGAGAGCUUUUAAAAGAUUGUGUAAUCUCCAAUUCCUCAGGGUGUUUAAGACUGGAUAUGAUGAAAAAAACAGAGUGCGCAUACCGGAGAACAUGGAGUUUCCACCUCGUCUAAGGUUACUACAGUGGGAAGCAUAUCCGAGGAGAAGUCUUUCUCUUAAACUUAACCUGGAAUAUCUUGUCGAACUUGAUAUGGAAGGUAGCCUGCUCGAGAAGCUAUGGGAUGGAACUCAGCCCCUUGCAAAUCUCAAGAAGAUGUCUUUGUCAAGUUCAUGGUAUUUAAAGAAACUUCCGGAUCUGUCAAAUGCUACAAAUCUCGAAGAAUUGGAUCUGAGAGCUUGCCAGAAUUUAGUAGAGCUUCCUUCCUCCUUUUCUUAUCUGCAUAAGCUAAAGUAUUUGAAUAUGAUGGGAUGCAGAAGGCUAAAAGAAGUUCCACCUCAUAUCAACUUGAAGUCUCUUGAAUUGGUCAACAUGUAUGGAUGCUCAAGAUUAAAAAGCUUUCCAGAUAUUUCUACAAACAUCAGUUCACUCGACAUAUCAUACACUGAUGUGGAAGAACUACCUGAAUCAAUGACGAUGUGGUCUCGCCUACGUACUCUCGAAAUAUACAAAAGUAGAAACCUCAAGAUAGUAACACAUGUGCCCCUAAACCUAACAUAUCUAGACCUCAGCGAGACUAGAAUUGAGAAGAUUCCAGAUGACAUCAAAAAUGUUCAUGGGCUGCAAAUUUUAUUUCUAGGUGGCUGCAGAAAACUCGCAUCAUUGCCAGAGCUUCCUGGUUCGCUCUUGUACUUAUCAGCAAACGAGUGUGAAUCACUUGAGAGCGUAUCUUGCCCUUUUAAUACUUCAUACAUGGAACUCAGCUUCACCAACUGCUUCAAACUAAACCAAGAAGCACGCAGAGGAAUUAUUCAACAAUCAUUUUCUCAUGGGUGGGCAUCCUUACCUGGAAGAGAGUUGCCCACUGACUUAUACCACCGAUCUACCGGACAUUCCAUCACCGUUCGUCUCGAGGGCAAGACUCCUUUUUCUGCAUUCUUUGGAUUUAAGGUUUUCCUCGUGAUUUCCCCUAACCAUGAUGCUGAAGAAACUAGCAAUUCUCCCUUAUUUUGUCCUCGCAUUGGCAAAAUCGGUUGCUCCGAUGACGAAACACCUAUUUAUAUUAUCCCCAAACCUCGAGCAGAACAUCUAGUUAUGUUUCACUCUGACUUGCAUAACAAGGAAAAAUGUCAUGAAGUAGGCAACGAGAUACUGUUUGAAUUCAGCAACAUAUCCGACACCUAUGAGAUUAUUGAGUGUGGUGUCAGAUUCUAUACAGAUGAACAGGUGAAAUCAGUGAAAGGAGAAAUGAAUAUGAAAUAGACCAAGUUUGUGAAGAUGAAAACGAUUGGAGCUAUGAGUUUGGACCCGUGGAAGCAUUGGAAUGCUCUAAAAAUAAUGGACAUAAUGAUAGCCUAAUCUGUACUUCGAACGAAGACAAGAUCGAAGCCAACAAAUACACAGAUUGUUGGAGUUGGCUCAUCAUCUGUUUUGAUGUCUCCCAUAUUGUGAGAAGCAUCGGAAGUUUAGUUUGGGGAGGAAGAUGAGAGAAGCAAGAAGGAGAAUAUCAAAGUGGAGAAGUCGAACGAAUUUGCAAGUGAGGAAAGAAUAUCUGUUUAUACUUUACAAUGACUUGUUUGGCUGCUUCACUGAGUUGGAUAUGAUGAGUAGUAGCAUCAUACUGUUUGAAUUCGGAUGCAGCAAAUAUUACUGAAAUGCAGUGUACGGAUCGUGAAAACUGACAAAAUUGAUAGUAGCAACAACAGUGAAUUAAU